AUGACAAUGACGGACCCGCAAUCCGAGUCCGACCAGGCCCAGCCGAGAAAGCGCAUACCUGUUGCUGUCUCCUCGCAAGAAUGGCGUGUCCGUGGCGAUGCCGACUUUGGAUACAACCUCGACUCCGCAAGAGUCCAUGCCCAGCGCAGCACUUCGGCUUCUGAGGCCAGCUCUCCGUACACCGCUCACGAGGUCGGGCCUGUCAGCGGCGACAUGAUGCCUUCCUACCGAGGUGCCAGCGGCAGUCAGUAUCCUUAUGCUUCUAGCAAUAAAAGCUACUAUCCGUCCAUGGCUGUCUGGAGCAACAAUUACACAGACGAACCCACCGUGGACUAUUCAGGUCUGGGUUGCAAUGCCUACGGCAUGUACUCGCAGGAAGCCAGCUCGCUGAUGCCCUAUCCAUCAUGGGGUCCGAGGAAGCCAGCGACAUUGCCAUCCAGCAGCAACAUCUACAUGGAUGCUGCUGACACCAGCUACACUUAUGGCACCGCGGCGCCGAAUAUGAUGCCACAGCAGCGACCAGCCGCCUCGAGUGAGUCGCAGAGUUUCUCCGUAUCGAGCAUCGCCGCAAAUCUGCCGUCGAGCGGCAACGAGCGCCUUCUUCCCACACCUAAUUCGAGCGCUCGCUCUGUAUCUAGCUCUGCCGGGCCGGCUUAUCGUACGGAUGGUCUUCCUAGUCUAUAUAGCAAGUCGUCCAUCUCAUCCACGUCCUCUAUCGCUGCGUCGCCUGUCAGCACCGUCACAACGGAGACAGCAGCUACCACAUAUGACGGCGUGCCUUUGGCACCAUACACAGCAACCGGAAGCACCACAUCGGUGCUGCCUUAUCACAAGCCACCACAGAGGGAACCAGGCGGCGCCGUCGGAUACUCGGGCCUCUCGACCCUGAGCGACGCCAUCUUUAGCGAGCACCAGCGCAGCAUCGGCAGCCAGGGCUCCGGCGUCGACCUCACUUCUUACACCUACGGCAGCGACGCGGGUUCUUCGUCGUCGGCCUUGCGCCGCAGCUCUGCCGACUACUCGAGAGCAGGCAGCACCAUCGGCAGCAACUCCCGCUACACACCCCACACAAGCUCCCACCACGGAUACGGCCAAGGCGUCUACGGCCCGAGCGACGGGUCCACGACGACGCACGGCCACCACGCUGCGGCUGCUGCUACUGCGGUGUCUUCUGCCACGACAGAGCCACCGAGCUAUGAGGCAGAUGCAGAUGCGGCUGCCUCUAGCGUUGCGGACAGUAACGCCAACAGCACCGUUGGCGGCGGAGGUGGAUCGGCGACGCAAGGACAGCACGCUGCUGUUGCCACCCGUCACUAA